CACCUAACCCUACACAUAACCUUACUAAUUUAAAAUGGUAAAUAACAUCAGAAUUUAAUUGCACAAGAACUACGUAUUAAACAUUUUCACAAUGUCUGAUGAAUCUCUAAUAGAUAAUUUACUUGAGAAUGUGGACCUGGAAUAUAUGCUUGAAUUUGAAACACAAAUAUUUUUAGAUAUUAUCCACAAAGAUGGUUUAGUUAUUUGCGCCAAAGGACUAAAUUUAGAUUUAGUAAUUUUAAAUAUUCUACGAGUGUAUUGUGAUCCUGGUAACCUUGUACUUGUAAUAAAUGCAAAUGAAAGUGAAGAAAAACAUUUUUCUGAAAAACUACACAAUGAAAAUGUUCACAUUAUCACUUCAGAUACAAAUAUAACAGAAAGGGAAGAAAACUAUUUAUCUGGAGGAAUACACUUUGUAACAACACGUAUCUUGGUAGUAGAUAUGUUAAAGAAAAGGAUUCCUAUAGAAAAGAUAACUGGAAUUAUAGUCCUGAGGGCACAUAAAGUUUUGGAAAGUUGUCAGGAGGCUUUUGUUCUGAGAUUAUACAGACAAAAUAAUAAAACUGGAUUUGUAAAAGCAUUUUCAAAUAGUGCCCAAAGUUUUACUGUUGGUUUUGGACAUGUUGAAAGAGUUAUGAGGGCUGUAUUUGUUAAGGAGUUGUACAUUUGGCCCAGGUUUCAUUCCUUAGUAAUUGAGAGUUUAAAGAAGCACCAGCCUCAAGUUGUUGAGUUACAUAUACCUAUUACAGAAAAUAUGAGAAAAGUACAAACUCUUAUCCUGGAUUUAAUGAAUCUUACUGUAAAGGAACUCAAGAGACUAAACAGGACUUUUGAGCUGCAGGAAAUCACUGUAGAAAAUUGUUUAACCAAGAAAUUUCAUAAGAUAUUGCAAUCUCAAAUGGAGUUAGUGUGGGGCCAGUUAAGUGGGAAAAGUCAGCAAUUAAUAGCAGAUUUAAGAACUUUAAGACAUCUUAUGGUAACUUUAUUUUAUGCUGAUUCAGUUAGUUUCUACUCACUUUUAACCAGUUAUCGAUCUAUGGAGUAUGCACAAACAGCCUCUUGGGUAUGGUUGGAGCCUGCUGAAAUGCUGUUUUCAUAUGUCAAUUCUCUAGUCUUCAAUAAAAAUAAGGAAUUUAAUGCUGAUUUGUGUCCAAAAUGGAACACUUUACUUGAAAUUGUUAAGACUGAAAUACCAGAAGAAAUUAAAAAAUCCGGAAACAAAGAACAUAAAAUUGUAAUUCUUUGUUCUGAUAAUAGAACUUGUCAUCAGCUAAGGUCUAUUCUUCUUAAUGGACCUUAUCAGUAUUUGUUUAGAAAUGCCCUACUAAAGAACAUAAACUUAAAAAAUCUUAGCAAUAUCUAUUCUAAUGUCAAGGUGCCCUCAAAACCUGAAGAAGGUCCCUCAUCAUCAAAAAAGCAAAAAACUGAAACAGAGGAAGUUGUUGAAGAAGCUGAAGAAUUUCUUGAUAGCUAUAUACUUACUAUGAGUCAAACUGUCAUUGAGGAAAAUGAUGAAGCUGAUCAGGAAAGCACACAGAUACAAUUUGAACCAUUUGAAGAGAUGGAAAACAUGAAUUUCACACAAUUUUGCCAGACUGCUGCCCAAACACAACCUACCAUAUUAAUUCAAACAUUUAAAGGAGGUGAAAAUUAUAUAAGCUUACAAAAAACGUUAGAGGAUUUAAAACCAAAUUUUGUUAUUAUGUACCACAGCAAUGUCACUGCAGUUAGAGAGCUAGAAAUGUAUGAAGCACACAGAAGAAAAGAUAUUCCUAUGACUGUCUUUUUCUUGUUACAUAAUGAGACUGUUGAAGAACAAAGUUAUCUUACAUCACUUAGAAGGGAAAAGGAAGCAUUUGAACAUUUAAUAGAUACAAAAUCAACCAUGGUAGUUCCAGAAGACCAAGAUGGCAAAUCCGAUAUCUGUGAGAGUUUACAGAGGGAAAUUACGACCCCAACGAAAAAUACAAGACAUGGGGGACAAGAAACGCCAAAGAAACAGUUUAUUAUUGUAGACAUGCGAGAGUUCAGAAGCGAAUUACCUGCUUUAAUACAUAAACGCGGAAUUGACAUAGAACCUCUAACAAUCACUGUGGGCGAUUAUAUUUUAACACCAGAAAUUUGCGUCGAAAGAAAAAGCUUAUCCGAUCUGAUUCAGUCCUUGAAUUCAGGAAGGUUGUAUCAACAAUGUGUUCAAAUGUUUAGAUACUAUACCAAACCAAUGUUACUCAUUGAGUUUGAUCAGAACAAAUCGUUUUCCUGGCAGAACAAUUACAUGAUUUCUGCAGAUUCUAUUGCUAAUUUUCAAGUUCAACAAAAGCUGCUGCUUUUAACUAUGCAUUUUCCUAAAUUAAAAAUUAUUUGGAGUCCCAGUCCAUAUGCAUCUGCACAGUUAUUUGAAGAAUUAAAGCAAGGAAAUGAAGAUCCAAAUAUCCAAUUUGCGACAUCAAUAGACGCUGAAGGAGAUAUGGAUGUUAUUGAAUCAAAAUAUAACUCCAGUAUUUAUGAUUUCAUACAAAAACUCCCUGGAAUAAACUCUAAAAACAUAGACAUAUUUAUGAGGAAGGUUCCUAAUUUGAGUUCUGCUGUGUCUAAAACUGAGGAGGAGUUGAAGGAAAUUUUGGGAAACUCUGUAGAUGCUAAAAUAUUGUAUUCAAUUUUAAAUGAUGAACAUUUGCCCAAAGAGGAAGCUGUUGACCCUAAGAAAAGUAAAGGAAAAGGGCGUCCAAGAUUUAGCAAAUUUUCAAAAAAAUCCAAGUAAAUUAUUAAUAAUUUAUUAUAUUUAUAAAUAAAAUUUUACAUUUAUA